AUGGUGAACACUCGUCAUUCCACUCCAGCCUCGCAAGGUCAUUCACUCAGUACUGGUAGCUGUAUCAGGGCCCAAGCUGGAUCCGCAGCAUCAUCUAGGAAUACCACUGUGGAUGACAGUUCAAGCCAUGGCAAGCAUGGGUCUGCAGAGAUGUGGCACCCAUCGCCUUCACUCACAGAAUUUGUGGAUGCCGUGCAGAGCUCGCAUGAGAGGCUUGCAGAUCGAAGCACCUCUGGCAAGCAGGCCAGGAUGGAAAGGAAACUUGCUGCAGCAAACGCGUUGAGCGCCAUCCCCGGGUUGGAUUCUCUUUUACAACCUCUCAAGCCAUCGGUCGGCCAAAAGUCUCAGCAGAUGACUGGACUCAGUGGAGAAAACAAGGGAGACUCUGGGAAAGGGGGCCACUGA